AUGAUAGUUUAUAUUUUAUAUAGUUGUUUAUUUUUGGUGUCGGUUGGAUACACUGUCAAGAAACAAUAUGUUAAUUGCACAUCUAUGAAAUUGUUAAUGGUCGAGAUUGCAAGAUUGUCCAUAUCAUUUGCAUUUCAUUGUUAUGUCAAUACUGCGAUACGAAAUGACUCGACAACAGAAACAAAAUUAAUAGAAGCAUCAGUCACACAACAUUUUAUGAGACAACCCACCAGCAUUGGCACGCAUUCACCCCAACUUCAUAGUAGUGGUGGAAAGAUUCCCACGACGACAACUACAACCACUUCAACAAUUAGACGUCACUCGGUCAGUAGUAUAGCUACGACUAUACCCAACAAUCCUACCGUUACCACCACAUCAGUGGCACACCACCAUGUACAUAGCAGUAACACUACUACUACAACACUCGACAAUAGCAGUGUCGAUACAACACAACCACCAUUCCUCAAAAAGCGAUUAAACACUAGCAACAGGUCACUGGGCUCCCUUUCACCCGUCUCCCUUUCACCCAUUCUCCUUGGCAGAAGCACAGGCUCUGCCUCUGACCAUUCCCCGGCUCUACCAUCAGUAUCCGAGUCUGCCGAUGAAGAUGACGACACCUUCAUGAAAGAGUAUAGAAUGACAAAAUCAAAAUAA